GUGCAGAAUGGCCAUGUUGGUUUUAUGCUAUCUUGUUAUGAUGCUGAAGUUAGCUAUGAUUGUAGCACAAAUACCUUCAGAGCAAGGUAUCCGUCACAGGCGAGGCGAAUAGUAGAAGAAAACAUAGAAUGGAAUAGGCUAAGAGCACCAACUGUUGAUACUCCUCCUUAUGUUCUUCAUGUAUCUGAUUGCUUAAGUGAUCUGAAACCUGAUGAACAUUUUGAGAUUCAGUGGAGAAAAAGCAAAGAGUUUGCAUAUGGUUGGUGGUAUGGAGUUGUUGGACACUUGGAAUCUUGUAAUGGCAACAAAUUGAAUUGCCAUUGUCAUUCCAGUGACACAGUGCUACUGGAGUUCAAACAGUACAGUCCCGGCUCGAGAUGGAGGCAAAUAGUGAUAAACAGAAAGGAAUAUAGAGAAGUGGGAAAUGAAGCAGAUGGUUUUUAUGGAGGAAUCAGAAAGCUUUAUAGUGACAAAGAGAUUUCAUUGUGGAAGAGCCUCUGUCCUAGCAGCACUUUGGAAUAGCACACAAAGAGCUCUUUCCAUUUUUUCCAUUUUUCAGCUAUUCUGAUUUUUAAUAGAAUACAGCUUAUAGAGAGAGAGAGAGCAUAAUUAGGCUUUUGAAUUUAUGCUCGCCUGUGUAGUGGCUAGAGGUUUUCCAAAUAUAUAUCUUGUCAGAACAUGUAUUUUUGUGCAUAAUGAAAUAAAGCUUCUUCCUUCUAUCUGUUUUC